AUCAUCCCGAUCGAAAGCCUUGAAUUUGUUUCCUCGAUAGACAUUUCAAUUAAGUCAUGGGUUUUCGUUUGAGUCAUUUGAGUCUUGCAUUGAGCCUUGUGGCACUUGCACUUGCAGGUGUUGCUAUUUAUAGAAAUACUUAUGAAGCCAUGAUCAUGAAUAACGGAUCACUACUCCAAAAUGUUUCUCCAAAUUUCGAUUCGUUGGAAUCAGGCGUAGCCAGUAUUUUAACCUUAAAUAAUAAGAAGAAAAAUUCAGACAAGUACUUGAGACAGCAACUAACUCCAGAGGCAUGCGUUUUCUCAGCUGUACGAGGAGUUGUGGACACUGCUAUUGAUGCAGAAACACGCAUGGGAGCUUCUCUCAUCCGGCUCCACUUUCAUGACUGCUUCGUUGAUGGUUGUGAUGGAGGUAUUCUGCUAGAUGAUAUUAAUGGAACAUUUCAAGGGGAACAAAACUCACCACCCAACGCCAACUCAGCCAGAGGUUAUGAAGUGAUAGCACAAGCUAAACAAAGUGUCAUAAAUACAUGUCCCAACAUAUCUAUAUCUUGUGCUGACAUAUUAGCUAUUGCUGCUCGUGAUUCUGUUGCUAAAUUAGGAGGACAAACUUAUAACGUUGCAUUAGGGAGAAGCGAUGCUAGAACGGCCAACUUUAGUGGUGCUAUAAAUCAACUUCCAGCUCCAUUCGACAACUUAACUGUCCAAAUACAGAAAUUCAGCGACAAAAAUUUCACCCUCCGUGAAAUGGUUGCGCUAGCUGGUGCUCACACGGUAGGUUUCGCCAGGUGUUCUACCGUUUGCACCAGCGGCAACGUUAAUUCUGCCGCACAACUCCAAUGCAACUGCUCCGCCACGCUUACUGAUUCUGAUUUGCAACAAUUGGAUACUACUCCUACUAUGUUCGACAAAGAUUACUACGAUAACUUUAACAGCAACCAAGGUAUAAUGUUUUCGGAUCAAGUUUUGACCGGGGAUGCUACAACUGCUGGUUUUGUAACGGAUUAUAGCAACGAUGUUAGCGUUUUCCUGGGAGAUUUUGCUGCUGCCAUGAUCAAGAUGGGAGACUUGCCUCCAUCCGCGGGUGCUCAAUUGGAAAUUCGUGAUGUUUGUAGCAGGGUUAAUCCCACUUCUGUGGCUUCUAUGUGAAAUUCGGAAAUUUUAAGUAACUUAUCUCAGGAUUAGUUGCUUUAUCUUUUCUUCAAAAUAAAAGAAUCACUGGCUCCAGAAUGUGGUUUUGGUAUUUGUUUUGUAAUCCUUUCAGUAUUAUGAUCAGUUGAUGCCAUGCAUAUAUGUAACAAAAUACUAUAUGAAUAUUGUUUUCCUUGUGUGCUA